CAACUGAUAUAUAUUCUACCCCUCACGUCAUCUAUUUCGCACACUACAAGAUCAUCAUGAACGAUAACAACCAAGAUACCCCUUCUGCUAUCACAGGCGGAUGUCUCUGUGGUGCUAUUCGGUACACCGUCAACUUUAACGAAGAGUACCCAUGGCCACCAAUUUCAUCAGCAUGCCAAUGUACAAUGUGUCGCAAGUGGACAUCCUCUCUGAUUGCCCAAUUCCUCGUCAUAUCCCCCAAGCACAUCAGUCCAGCACUGGGCACUUUCGCAUCCUUCAAAGAGUACAUGUCCUCACCUGGUCGAUUCCGUGGGUUCUGUGGUGACUGCGGCACGUCGCUCGCAUGGCGCUCAGCUGAUUACACCCCAAUAUUUGAUCUGUACUUGGGGACGCUGGAUGAGAAAUACCUGGUUGGAGAUGGUGUCGUGGCCAAGACUCUCGCAACUCCAAACGGAACGCAGCACUGGAUGCAGAACUCCAUUCAUGGUGUGACUGAUGUGCUGAAGGGGGGGAAGAAGUACAGUGAAGAAGGACCUGACGGGCUACGGGACGAAAAUAAUAUAUGAACUCGUCCAGUUCAGUGAAAGGCAAAGGUCUCGAUCGCUCUGCCUCACGAAGCUCAAACUAAAUGUGAGGACCCGAAGUCUCCAGCGUCUUCUGCAUGACUUCCUUAAAGAUGUGAGGCACGACGACGACAGCAGCCCCCAGCUUUCGAAGUGCGAGAAAUCGCCCCAGCGCCUCGGCAGUCUUCUCUUUGCAAGCCUUGCUGAAGGGCCUACAGGCCCAUUCUGAGACAAUAUCAAGCUUGACCUUGACAUCAUCAGGCCGAAGGUAGCGGUCCAGAACCCAUGUCAGUACAUCAAGGUCUAGAAUGGGCUUGUCGUAUGUGAUUUCAACAACACACCUGAGCUCGUAAGAUAUUAUUUGGUCGACCGCUGUACUGUUGGUCUCGGUGAAGAAUUGGAUGAGGUCUGUUGGGAAGGUGAAGUAGAAUGUGUUGAGUUGAUAAAAGAGGUGUAUUCCCUCGUUGAGGCUGUCCAAGUCAGUCGAUCUGUACCAUGAAUAUUUAUAAGAAUACGCUUACGCCG